CAUGGCAGGCGUAACAGGUUGCUGUGGCGUCGAUUCAUACACUUAUAGGGUCCAGCCCUGCGCGGGGCCCAUUGUUCUGCUGCAGUACUAAUGCACCCCGCCUCCGCCUGCUCCUCCGCCGCGUCCUCUCCCUCUUCCUCCUACCUGUACCUCCCUGGGCCCCUGCUGAGCAUGCAAUCGACGCGUCAACCCGGCUCGAGCCCGACAGCUUCGACGCCCUCGACGCCACCAGCGUCGAUUGCAGCGCUGCCCAGCCUGGCGCAUUCGCUCUCGUCGUUCCCGACGAUGACGACUGUGACAAAGGACAUGGUGCACUACGGAACGUCAAGACAGCAGAGGGAGGUCAGCGAGGCGAAGUUGAAUGAAGCUCUGCUUCGGUCCAAGCAGAGGCAACCCGUCUCGCCGCCACAAUCCCCCGGUCGCACUACGCGUCGUCCGGACGAGGACGACGAGUCACCACUCAUGAUGACGCCGCGGAAACGCAAGGUCAAGAACGCCUCAUCGUGAGUGUCCGCCAAUGAUUACCGCCAACGUGGUAGCACCGCCGCACCAUACCCGAGCUGCGCGGAGGCACAGUCGUCCUCCCGUAGCACCCGGCCGCCGGACAUCCCACUCACUUUCCCUCCUUCCCGUCAAUCGCUUCGUUUGUAAUCAAGAAUUCUACCAUUUGUUCACGACCACGCUAUGUAUCGCAUCUCGCAAC